ACCAUGAUGCCUGGUGAGACACAGCCGCCGCCGGCCGGGGCUGCAGCCAUGGCCUGCACCAACUGCGGUGUUCUCCAGCAGAACAUAAAUGAAUAUGUAGCCGCGUUAAUUGCACUGAAGCAAAAAAUGAUUGAUGGAGAUUGUUUGCUGGUGGAGUAUCAACAGAAAUGCACUGAGCUUCAGUUUGCUGAACGAGAGAUCUCUGCUCUUCGUUGCCAAGUGGAGCAGAUGCUGCAGAAAAUCCUGCCCUUGGAAAAGUGCCAGGAAGAGUUGGGUUCCUUGAAAGCAGAGUUGGAAGAGAAAAAGAGUUCUCUCAAGAUUUUUUGGGAGAGUCAACAGGAAUAUGUUAAAAUUAAAGAAGAAAUAGCAAACAGCGAUGCUGUGAGAAAGAAAUUGGAAACAAAAGUGAAGAAACUUGAAGAGGCUGCAACAAAGCAUACACAGGACUUAAGACAACUGAAAACUGAAAAGAAGAGGCUUGAAAAGGAGCUAAAGAACGCACAAGGAAAACUUAAUGGUGUACUUAACGAGAAGAGCAGAAAAGUUAAGCACGCAGAGACCCAGAGUUCAAGUGAAGAUCAUACCACAGAUAUAGACAAAGAAAAAAUAAAGCUUUUAUUAGAAGAACUCUGGAUGUGCAUUGACACUGCAAGAGGAAGAAGACAGAAUCAGGAAAAUGAUCACAUUUUUGCUUCUGUUCAAGAUAAGGUAUGGCCUGAAAAAAGAAGAAUGGCAGUUACAGAAGGAAGUCCACAAAUCCACCAAAAGAUCAGGAAGUGUGAUAGCAAAAAGCCAACUUGGUAUUCUUCACUGCCAAAUGCUGGAAAGCAGAAUUCCGUAACAACCAAGCAACUUCAAGCAAGCACUGAGCCUUUCAGAGACGAUGGUGUUGGGAACAGUAACACUGAGGAUUGUCUGCACAGCAGUGAAGAUGAAAGUGUGGAUGUGAUAAUACAAACAGAUGUAGCACACAGCAGUUCAGACUUCUCUGAUCAGGAGCUAAAGGGCCCUGGUGGAAAUGUGAUGGAUAUACUGAACUGGGCCAGGCCACUCCCUGCUCUGCUUUCUCCAGUACAGCUUUCACCACUAACUGUACAAGAUAUUGUUUUUGGAGAACUCACGUGUUCCAGUGAUGAGGAAGUUGAUAGCUGUGCUUCUGCAGUGGAGGCAAUUUUAGAAGAUGACCAACUUCUGUCUCAGAGCUCUGAAGUAUUCAGUCUCGGCAAGGAGUGUAAUCGACAGAGCAAGUCAUGUGAGCUUGGUCUUGAUGCAGAAAACUCAUGUAACCUGAGAUGGAAUGGAACCAAUAUUUUGAUCAGUCCACAAAUGUCAAGCAAGAAGGAGAGUGAUGGUGAAGCAAAGCAAGAUGAAGCUGACACUUUAAUUACAAACAUGGAAACUAGCAAAGAUCAUUUUAAGGAGAAUUCUGAGAAUAUGGAAACUGCAAAGAGAGAACUAACUGAAGCAACAGCACAUGAAUUGGAAGCCAUCACAGAACAGAAAGGAGAUUCUGAGGAUAUGCACACUGAAGAGGCAGUUUCCUCAACUGAUUUUCUGUUACCCAGUUUCAAGCCUCAGAAUCUGAUAGAAAAAUGUAGUGAAGUAAAGCAAACAGAAGAGAAUGUAAUCUUAAUCAGUGCUGUUGGUGAUGGAGGUACAGCUAAAAAGCAUGGUGAAUUAAUGAAAACAGAAAGAGAUGGAUUAUCAGAAGAGAGAGAAACUCCCAGGGCAGCAUCUGUUCUGCAAAAUGUUAUUCAUUUGCCACCUGAGCAAUGCAUUGUGCUUCAAAGCAAAGAUUCUGAAGAGAAAUCUGAAAUACUGGUACAGAGUGAAGUGGUUGAAAAGGAAUCAAAAAAUGUAAUCAAAGUAACUCAUGUGUCAGAUGAUGCAGGGGAAAACAUAAAACAAGUGAUAACUGGAGAGGAAAUAACACCUGCAAUAAAGAAGAAAGGAUAUUGUGCAGAGGCAAAUAAUGAGAGAGAGCCCUCUGAAAAUAUAUUGCCUGAUUUCAGUAGUUCCAAAUCCUUCUAUGAAGUGGAGCAUCCUCAAGACCUGAUGAUACAGCAUAAUGGGGAGGGAAUAAUUACAGAAACUGAGGCAGACACUGGAAAUGUUGAGACCUUUGCACACUCUCAGUUCUCUGAAAUGAAACAUGACAGUGAAGAGAUACUGGAGAAACAAUAUAUACAAACCAUAAAAGAUACAGCAGACAGAGAAUGCAAGCCAGAGACUCUUAAAGUCACUAGACAUCACUUACCUGCAUCUGCUAUUGAAGGACUCAGAAACUCAUUGUCUAUGGAUGAUGUAGACAAAAGUGAAGGUGUGGAGGGGAUUGUUUUGCCAGCCUCUCCAAAGGAUGAUGAACAGCUCAAAACUGAAGACAUUAAUAUAACCAAACCUGAGACAGUUGAACUACCUGUGAAAUUUAACAGAGAAAGUGUUCUAGAAAUAGCUGAAACAUCAGAGCUACUCUGUGGUGCAGAAGAAGGAAAAGCAGUAGAUAGGAAGGAGGGGGAAUACUUAAAAGGCAAGAAAGGAAGAAAGGAAGAAAAUGAUAGUAAUUUAUCACAAGAGAAGUCAGGCUUGGAAAAUACACUUGCACUAGCAAAGGUGUCGUGCAUUACUGAUGUGGAAAGCACCCCACCUAAGUAUGAAUCCUCUGUGUUAGAUUUUACAGAAAUAAAAGGUGAAAUAAAACAACCUGAAAACAACUUGUGCAGUACACUGGAAUGUGGGUUGUCCAAAACUCAGAUCUUUAGAAUGUUAGAAUCUCAAGAGACUGAAUUAAAAGAUAAUCCAGAAGAUUUUAGAGAGGAAGGCAGUGAGCUGUUGUUAGACAGUGUGGAUACCACUGAUUCUGCCUUAGUAGGCUGUAAUUUUAUUUCUCAUGCACAUUUUGAAAAACCUCUGAAUCAGUUCUCGGUAACUGAAAAUGUUAAGUGUGAUGAAAUAAAAGGGGAAUUCAAUAAACAAAACAAGGAAUUGGUGACUUGUUCCAGUGCAUUUAACUGGAAAGAGAAUGUUGUGGAGAAAAAUAAUAUUUCAGAGGUGAUCUGCCAGCCUACUUCAGAAAUUGAUUUUAAUAGUGGCUUGGCAUUUUCUACUAAAGGGGACUUGGAAAUGAGCUGUAUAAAUACUGAAGAAACAGAUAAUCCUGUGCAAGAGGGAAUUGGCUUGAAAUCCACAAUGCCUCCUGCUCUAAAUGUCAGUCUUCAGAAAGUUUUCAGUUUUGUUGAAACUAAAUUAACAGAAAAGGCUGCUUUUUCCCAUACAUGGGAAAGCAAAGGAGAUAAAAAUUGUGCUACAGGUAGUGAAUGUAACUGCUCUUCAGGAAGCUUGAAAGAGAGUGCUGAGAUUCUACCUGUUGAAAAAGACAUAUGCAAAGAACUGGACUGUCCUGAGAAUGAAUAUGUAUACAAAAACGGAGUGAAAAUGCCCGAUGAGAAGGUACAGUCAGUAGAUAAAGAACCUCAGUCAUCUGUUAAAUCACAUAUACUGGAUGCAAACUCUUACAAGAAGAAUAAUUCUCUCCAAAAGUUUGAAUGUCAAGAGUCAGCAUGUAGGACUUCUAUGUGGGAGGUUAGAACAGAUCUUUGUAGAAGUGAUUCACUGACAGCUGGCAGAGAAAGCAAGGAAUUUAAUAGCUUUGAGGCAUCUGGGAAAAAUGCCUUAAAAAGGUCUCAGGAUACGGCAGAGAAGAACAAUGAAUCUGAAGAGAAAGACUGUUAUAUACAAAAAGGUAGAUAUGUGGAGUGCCCUGGAUGUGUUCCCAUGUUCAGAAAAGAACUGAGAGCUACCAGGAAAACUGAGGUGUGCGCUCUGGAAACUGGUGCAGUUCUUGGUGAUAAAGACCAAGUAUGUGAACUUCAUUCAGCAAUGGACCCAGGACCAGCCUUAACAGCCAGUCAUCUAAAAGCAGACACUGUGGUGGAUAUGGAUACACACUGUGAAACCUACACCUCUCCAGAUACUGCAAAUGAAUUGUCAAAUGUGGUUGUGGAGAGUUAUCCUAAAGAUUUUGCCUCUCGGAAAAGAGAGGGUAUAUUAGUAGCCUCUGAAAACACUGAUGGUGCUAAUGAAUGUGUGGUAGAUUCUAACAGAGCUGGAUACAUUAAUGACAGUGAGAAAAGCCUGGAAAAAGCUGGAACAAAAAAAGAAAGCUUUAUGAAGCCAAAUGCUUCAAAAAUGUUACCACAGAUGUUAACCAGAUUGUCAGAAAAUGGCGGACUGGCUGCAAAAAACAGUAAAUUAAAUACAGGAAUGGCAGUGCUGGGUGAUUUCUUAGAGGAAAAUUAUUCUGAAAAACUUCAGUCAAAUGUGGAGCAAAAUUUAUUACACCAGGGUGAUAUGGGGGUAUUGGUGUCUGAAGAAUAUAAUUAUAAUCAAACUUCCACUGCUUGCAACAUAGGAGAAAACAGCACUCAUGUUACCUUGCAUGGUGGCAGUAGAAAAAACACUUUUGUCAAGUGUCUUCCAAAUCCAGCCCGAUCCGAUGUAGAGCACAGUUGUCAGACAGUUAGGCAGCCUUCCGAGGCACAGAAAACACAGUUUGAGAAGUUAUGGAUGUUGGACUCAGAGUCAUGUGUGGAUGUUGCUCUCAAAAAGAGCAAUAGGUUGAACUGCAAAGAGCAAGAACCAUCUGCAAUCUUGACUGUUUCAACCAAGACAGCUGCCCAAGUAACGCAUGCCAAGCCAUCGAAGAGUUUGUUUAAAGAUAAAAGAAAAACAAAGACUGUCAAGCUUACUCAACCAGUUCUUGCAAAUGCUGAUACUUCUGUGCCAACAAAAUGCUCAUCUGAGAUGAUAAAUAAAAUUAGGGAAGAGAUGGGUCUUCCCCUGCCCCCCUUGCUACCACCUUUGGUUGCUACUCCUCCAAAAGCUGCACGUACCACGUCCCCAGUCAUGCCUUCUACUGAUGGAUCUUUCUUGCUUUCCCCUCUUGAUGACCUGAUAUCUCCACUACGUGCAACUCCUGUUCCUCCUCUGAUGUCUCCAUUGGCAGAUACUUCAACAGUGAAAUCUGCACUUUUAAUUUCUUCUCCCUCACCCUCAGAAGUGGCAGUGGGUAGAAGAAUUCACUCGUCACCUUUGAAAUUUUGUACUUCCAUCCCAAAGCAUGCGCUUCCCGUCCCAGGAAGAUUGCCUCUGCUUGUAGCCCAUAGUGCUGCUCCAGCUGUUCCCCAGGAGAACUCUGUGAAAAUACUGGAUACCAUGUAUCCAGAGCUAUCUGCAAGGGCAAGAACACUAAGCAUUCUGAAAGGCAAUGUUCAUCUUAACCAGUGUGCAAAUUCAGACAGCCCGAGUUUGCUGGGACCUGUGGCUCAGAUAGGUGGGUUCAAGGAGAUUGCAUCUGCAUCAACUGCUUUUGUUAAAACUGGGAGCAAUUUUAAUUCUGAUAGCAGCAAAGAUCAAGACAAUGAUGUGCAAAAUCAGCAGUUGUUUUCAGGCACAUCAAAUCAUCUUGAAAAACGAUCACUACUGCCAGUCUCCAUGCCAAGAAGUGCAAAGAGACUGAGGCUGGAUAGUGAACCACCGAAGCUGGAGCCUGAUGAUAUUGUUGCUACAGGAAAUACUAAAAAUUCAAUGCAGGAGGCUUUCCAUGACAAAAACAAUGAAAUCAGUGAUUCAGCACACAGUUCCAGUUUAGAAUCGUCACUAUCAGUAAAGGCUAUUGAUCCUGACUGCCAGAAAGUUUCUUUGGCACUGAAGAAAAUUGCUGAAGCCUGUUUUGACUUGUUACCAGUUAUUAAAGGUCAUGUGUAUGUCAACAACAUCUCAAAGAUUCCAAUAAUGAGAGAUGAAGAGAAAGAAGUUGUUUAUGAAUUUGGUAUAAAAAACAAGCAUUUAGCAGAGUCCUUGCUGCGUGCUAUUCUCAAUAAGCUCAAGACUCAGAAGAAUGCCACACAUCACAAUUUCAAUCAGGCUUUAUGUCGAGUCUACACAGGAAUUUGUCGACAGUUGGGAGAUUUGGAAAGAGCUCGUCUUUUCUGCUAUAGCCUACUCAAAGAAGACUUUCCAGACUCAGAAAAAUUGAUUUUAUUUAUCAGUAAUGUGUGGCCUGACAUAUUUGUCUUCAAAGGUGCAAUUAACAAAGCUAUGCAAUUAGUUGUCAGGCAGAGUGCAAGCGAUGAGCUGCUGGCCUGUUUGAGUGCUUACCUCAACUGGGAACAGAGUUCCACUUUAGAUGCUGGUAGUAUGGUCUCAAACCUGCUUUUAGAAAUGCAGUCAUGUCCAAAAGUAGAAUUUCAACUGAGUGAGCAAUAUGGAGAAGAUCUGAGUCAAGAUGCUUGGCAGUACAUAUUUGCUGUUGAUCUCCUCUGCUCUCACCUGAAGUGGGACUGGACACAUGACAAUGUUAUAAGCAAAGUGCUUUGGCCUUCUAUGGAUAAAUGGGUAAAGGAGAGAAAGGGGCAUACAACUGUUCAGUCCAUUUCUGAUAGUGUUAUAGCAUUGACACUCAGGCUAAUUGGUCGAUUGGGCCAAAUAGGUUUGAAGGAAGGAUAUCUUGCUGCAGUGAAGAAUAUUAGUUCUGUAAUUGGACUGUUUGUACAGCAUGCAGAAGAAGAAGGUGUUCCCUGGGGUGUGCAGCUGGCAGCCGUAUAUUCACUGUGCGACUUGGGUCCCAGCAAUCCGGAAGGUGUUGUUGAUGCCAUCCAUGCUUGGAAAGCAACAGUUCAUCACAACAUCCCUCUUGCUGUCACAAGUGGCAUAGCUGAAAUCUCUUCUCUGUGUAAAAUGGAGCUAAACUAAAAUUUAGGGAGGUGGACUGAUAAAAACAAGAAGUGCCUUACUUUUCACUUACUCUAAGCAGUAGUUGGUUUCUGUUAAAAAGCAAUAUAAAAUGGUGCCCUUUUUUUUGCCUUUUCUUUUUUUUUUUUUCUUUCCUUUUUUUUUUUUCUGCCUUUUUUUUUUUUACCAGAAUGUCUGAUCACAUAAAGCACGUUCAAGUAUUUUAAUCGGCUUUUCUGUUUGAGGGAAGAGUUUAAAAAAAAAACCAAUUUUUUGUAAUAACUGGUCAGUGGCCUGAAAACCAGUAUGUCUUUGAGUCUCGAGAUAUUUCUGGUUUGAUGCCAAUAACAAUGAGUAAUAGUUUCCAUUAUUUUACUUCUGUCAAUUUGGAGCAUGGCCUAGUUGACACAACAGGUUGAGCCUGACUGAAAAUCUGACUCUAUGACUUCGUACUAUAUUUAUAAAGUAAUUGUUCAGAAAGCAGAACAUUGCCCAGAUUCUGCUUUACUUUGCAUGAGUAGUCUUAUAAGCUUAAUUUUAAAAACUUGUGAAAUAAAAUACUUGUGUUAGACAGGUAGGAAGUGACUUUUUGUGUAACAGUCAUGUAUGGAGUAACAGAGACAUUAAAACUCUGAACUUGUAUAUAUGAUAUAUUCUGAUAAUGUGUCUCACAUUUGAUAUUGUUCCACUUGGGGAAUUUUGUGUAUGUAAAUAGAAAGUUGGUUCAAAAAAAGUUUUAAGUUUCUAAUGAUAUCUUCAUUACAUUGUGUUUUUAUCUCUUUCAUAAUAAAAGAAGUAAACACCA